AUGUCCGAAGGAAAGCAGCAGCCUCAAAACACUAAUAAAUCGCACAAGGCCUCCACAAAUCAAGAUGAUGAUACAGCAACAGUUGUGCCACAAACUCUUACGUAUUCUCGAAAUGAAGGUCAGUUUUCGACUAGUGACUUUCAAGGAUUGAAUGAUGACCAUACCACAUUAUUUGACGGGGAGGGAGGUCGUAGGGAUGAUGACCUGUUGCCCUCAUUGCGUGAGUCUAGUUCAAAAACGCAUUUAAUUUCUUCUCAACUUAGCCAGUGGAAUUAUAACAAUAAUAGAGUGCUUUUGAAAAGAUCGAUUUUGAAGACACAGACUUUUAUGGAUCAACUUCAAGAAGAAAAUGAUAUUCGUCCAAUUUUUAUCGCUGCCAAUGAUGAGCGUGAAAAACUACACGUUCUACAACUGAAUAUCAAGUUAGAUGGUCAUUAUAAUGCCAGAGAAAAGAGCGGCUUUAACAUGGAAAAAGGAGCUUUAUCAAAAUUAUUUCAAUCUCAAAUCGAAUCGGUCACCAAUCACUUAAGUGCGCUGAAAAAAAGAGUAGAUGACGUUUCUUCUAAAGUAUUCAUCACAGGGGACGUGAAUACCGGUAAAUCUGCUCUUUGUAACUCUUUGCUGAAGCAGCGGUUACUGCCUGAAGAUCAACUACCAUGUACCAAUGUAUUUUCAGAAAUAAUAGAGGCGCGGGAAAAUGACAGUAUUGAGGAGGUUCAUGCUAUACCACUUAAUAUAGCUCCCACUCUUAAGGAAGCCAUUGAUAUGUACUCAAUACAAAACCCAAAAACUUACGAAAUUCAUUCUUUGAAAGAGCUCCCCAAUUUGGUUCCUCAAAAUGAGAAAUAUGCAUUACUGAAGAUUUACAUAAGGGACGAUAAAAGACCUGCUUCUACUAGUCUACUAAGAAACGGCACUGUUGACAUCUCGUUGAUCGACUCUCCCGGGUUGAAUAUGGAUUCCCUACAAACAGCUGAAGUCAUGUCCCGACAAGAAGAAAUUGACUUGGUUAUUUUUGUUGUUAACGCAGAAAAUCAGCUUACGUUAUCUGCUAAAGAGUUUAUUUCUUUGGCAUCUCGUGAAAAAAAAUUAAUGUUUUUUGUUGUGAAGAAAUUUGACAAAAUCAGAGACAAGCAACGCUGUAAAGAGCUUAUCUUAAAGCAGAUCCGUGAUCUAUCCCCAGAGACACACAAACGUGCGGCUGAUUUUGUUCAUUUUGUUUCCAAAAAUGGAGAUGAAGUGCUAAAUCAGCAUCACGAUAAUGACAGUGAUGAUAAUGGUAAUGGGAAGCCUGACAAUGAUCCAUAUUUCAGCAAUGAUCCAGAUCCAGAUUUCGACAGUCUAGAAGAUUCUUUACGCAACUUCGUUUUGAAGAAAAGAUCACUCUCCAAAUUGCUACCUGCUAAAACUUAUUUGUCCAAAUUAUUAAGCGACAUAAUAAUGAUUUCCAAAUCUAAUAUGAAAAUGUACGCUGGGGAAGAAAAAAAAAUUAACAAACAACUGGAGACAUUAAGGCCUGAGAUUCUAAGCGUCAAGACAAAAUGUAGUGAUUUGACGACUUCUGUUGACCAUAUGGCGGAGGAAACAAUCACAAUGACCUAUAACAAUACGAAAGAAGCACUUCUCAGUGCGUUAGAUGUUCCAUUGCACGAAUAUCCGAAGUAUCAAGGCCUCGCUCAAAUUUAUCACUUCAUUUUCUCAACAGAAGAUUACAUAACAAACCAGAUUGACGAAUCGAUAGGUUCUAGUGAACUGUUUGCCAGGGAAAAGACAGAUGCGCUGGUAAAAAGGAUCUAUGAAAUUGGCAAAUCUGAACUUGGUGAGGAUUUCAUGUGUGAACGUGUUUUUAAAAGUGAGUUAAUGUUUAAAAAAAGGAAACAUUUAAUUGGGAAAAGAUUAAGAGUCUCUCUAUCAAUAACUGAUUUGUUUGCUCCAAGUUGGAAGGGAUUUUUAUCCUAUUUAAGUUGGCAGAAACCUGCUACGGCGCCACUGCCGGAUACAGAAAGUCAAGCAAAAAAAAACCAGAAAGGCUUGAUGAAGACUUUGGGUUUAAAGAAUUAUCCUUUGACACAAUAUUGGUCAAGACCAUCAUUACUUUUUACAUCAAAAGUUCCUACGCUAACCUUAUACUUCCUGGGGAGCACAAAAGUUGUAGGAAACAUUAUUUUAAACGGAAUUAAGUUAUCAUCAUGGAGCUCCCUCAAGAAAUUAUCGAUUCCAAUCAUUGUAGUGGGUUCGUUAUUAGGAAUCACCUAUCUAAUUCACGACCUGCCUCGUGCCUUACCAAUGAAUCUUUCAAGCAAAUAUAGGAGAAAGCUCCAAGAGCUAGAUUACAUCCACCUCAACGCCCAAAGAACUUCAAGUGAAGUACGCGAUGUUUUACGUGUGCCUACACGUGAAAUUCUAAGGUCAUGUGAAAUAAUUAUGGACAAAAAGCAAGUCACUAAGAAAGAAUUGGAAAGCAAAAAGGAAAAUAAUUUGCUAUCAAUCAAAUUCUUCCAAUCCCUAUACGAGGGAACGAUGGCUCAAAAAGCAAUGGUGGAAGAGAUAAACCUAGAUAUUGAUUAG